AUGGAGAGAGGAAGUCUGGGAUCUGUCCUCAGAAGCGAAACUGCAGCUGAAUUGGACUGGGGGAUGAGAGUGAACAUCGUGAAAGAUGCUGCUCGUGCUCUGUUCUACAUGCAUCACGAUUGUGUUCCGCCUAUCGUUCAUCGAGAUGUUACCAGCAACAACAUCCUACUGGAUUCCGAAUUCAAGGCUUGUGUUUCCGACUUUGGAAUUGCUCGACUACUGAAUCCGGAUUCAUCAAAUUGGACCAUGCUUGCAGGCACACGGGGUUACUUGGCACCAGAGCUUGCAUAUACAAUGAGAGUGACCACCCAAUGCGACGCGUACAGUUUCGGAGUGGUGACGCUGGAGUUGCUGAUAGGAGAAUAUGGAGAAAUACUUAUUUCCAUUCUGUCGUCUUCACCGAUCAAUGAUAGCUUCGUGAAAGACGUAUUGGACCGACGUCUAGCUGUUCCUGAGGGUCAAGUUGCGGAUGAAGUGAUUACAGUUUUGAGCUUGGCUCUUCGUAGCGUGGACAACCACCCUGAAUCACGCCCGACAAUGAAACAGGUCUCCGACAAGUUAUGCGUGGUCAGAACUGUUGGGAAGAAAACCUGCGGAAUAAUUCUUUUUCGUCUUUGUGUAUCAAAAUAG